AAAUAGUGGAGUGGUUGUCUUUAAAGUAUUGUUACCUCAUCUAAUUUCAUCAAAUUAGACCACCUCAAAAUCCCACUUGAAGACAUCAUGGCUUCCAUUCCAGAACUAGACCACCUCAAAAUCCCACUUGAAGACAUCAAAUUAGCCACGAACAACUUUUCUGACUCUAAUUUUAUCGGUCAGGGUGGAUUUGGACGGGUCUACAAGGGCCAAUUGCCCCUCUCCGCCUUUGCCGCCUCCACCACCACCAGCCGUUCGACCAACCCAACUGCCAGGCCCGCCACAAUUGCUGUAAAACGGUUAGACGUGAAGGGCGGGCAAGGACAACAUGAGUUCUUAAUGGAGAUUGCCAUGCUUUCUAGUUACAAACAUGAUAACCUCGUAUCCCUUGUUGGAUUCUCCGAAGAGGGUGAUGAGAAAAUCAUUGUUUACGAGCAUGAGGUUCGUGGAAGCCUUGAUAAGUACCUAGCAACCGAUCUUACAUGGGUGCAACGACUUCAGAUAUGUCUAGGUGCUGCUCGUGGAUUGAACUACCUUCAUGAUGGCGUAGGAGAAGGGCAUAGAGUGUUGCAUCGUGACAUAAAGAGCUCGAACAUCUUAUUAGAUGAAAACUGGGAAGCUAAAGUUUCAGAUUUUGGGUUAUCUAAAAUAGGACCCACAAACCAGGAGUUCACUUUUCUUGUUACAACUGCUGCUGGCACGUUUGGCUAUGUUGAUCCGAUAUAUAUAACAACAGGCGUGCUUACAAAAGAAUCUGACGUGUACUCUUUUGGUGUUGUAUUAUUUGAGGUUUUGUGUGGAAGGCUAGCGAUGAUUGGUAAAUAUGAAGAUGAACGUCGGUUUUUAGCUCAUUUAGCUAGACUUCGUUACGAAGAGGGAAAACUAGAUGAAAUAAUCAUCCCCAGUAUACGGAAACAAAUCAAGCCAAAUUCGUUGCAAACAUUCUCGCGAAUUGCUUAUCAAUGCCUAAAACUAGAACGAAAACAACGUCCAACAAUGGCAACAAUCAUGGAACAACUACAAAUUUCUUUGGAAUUUCAAAUUAGUUGUAGAAGAAUCACACGAAUUGGCCUAUGGGGAUCGAGCACGGGUGGAUCUCCAUGGUCGUUUCAACUCGAUGGUAGUCACAAGCUUAGGAAGAUAACGCUGGAUCAUGAGGAUUGGAUUUAUUCAAUUGGUUUUACAACUGAAGAUCUUAGUGGUUUGUUUAAUUCUUCUCAACAACAUGGUGGUGGCGGUGGCCGUAGUGGUGGCCAAAUAUCUGAGAUUAACUUUGAUGCCGAUGAGGACAUAACAGGGAUACUCGGGACAGUUGGAGUAACCACGGGACGUUAUCGUGGUUAUAUAGUGAUCUCAUCAUUAUGUUUUAGGACAAACAAACAGAGUUUUGGGCCUUUUGGCAAGGAGACGGGAGAUCGGUUUUCCGUUCCAUGGGAUGUAGGCUCAUUUGCAGGGUUUUAUGGCCGUGCUGGCUUUUACUUGGAUGGUCUUGGCUGUUAUUUAAAGGCUACCAUGUGAAAGAAACUGUUACUAAUAUAGAAAAACUGCUUAAUGACUAACUCCUUAGUUACUGUCUUACUGAUACGUUUAUAUCAACAAAGAAAUUAGACUUGUAUUCAGGGAGAAAAAAAAGGAGAGAAUUACUGUGUGUAAAAUAUUACAUGGAACUUCUUUUUCUAGUGAAUAUUGUAUCAUA